GAGGAGACUUCAGAACUUUCUUUUCUUCGCACCUCUGCAACUUCUUCCCUCUCACUCUUCUUCCUCUUUGCCUCAACCCAUAUAUCUUCCGAUCACUGCUUUUCCUCAGAUUCUUGCUUCUCUUCGGAUCAGACAGCUCGCCGUCGGAGCGCCGGAAUCAUCAAUCUGUCUUUCAGCUCACAGGGUUUUAGGGUUCCGGCUAUGGAUGCUUCGUCGAGCCAGCCGGAGUUCGAUUACCUGUUCAAGUUGCUACUGAUCGGGGACUCUGGAGUUGGGAAGAGCACUCUCUUGUUGAGUUUCACUUCCAACACCUUUGAGGACCUCUCUCCUACUAUUGGUGUGGAUUUUAAGAUAAAGUAUGUUACAGUUGGGGGAAAGAAAUUGAAGCUUGCGAUUUGGGAUACAGCUGGACAAGAGAGAUUUCGAACCCUGACAAGUUCCUACUAUAGGGGAGCUCAAGGAAUAAUUAUGGUGUAUGAUGUCACAAGGAGAGAAACAUUCACAAAUCUUGCUGAUAUAUGGGCCAAGGAGAUCGAUUUGUACUCAACUAAUCAGGAUUGCAUCAAGAUGCUUGUCGGCAACAAAGUUGACAAGGAAAGUGAAAGGGUUGUCUCUAAAAAGGAAGGAAUGGACUUCGCCCGAGAAUAUGGGUGCCUUUUCCUGGAAUGCAGCGCCAAAACUCGUGUGAAUGUGGAGCAAUGUUACGAGGAGCUUGUUUUAAAGAUCUUAGAAACUCCGAGCCUUCUGGCGGAGGGCUCUUCGGGUGUGAAGAAGAAUAUCUUCAAAGAGAAGCAGCCUGAAUCUGCUGCCGCCAGUGGCUACUGUUGUUCUUGGUGAAUUGAAGGAGUUGUUUUUCUUAAAUGUUUGUUCCAAGCUCGCAAAACCUCUGUGAUGGAAAUUCUCUUGUAUGUAACCGUGAAGCAUUUAAUUUAGCGCAUUAUGUUCAUGUUCGAUGCUUCCCUAUGUUCAAGACUACUGAUUAUAUUGAUAUGCGAUGUGUUGUUUCUGUGAAAA